AUGCUAUCAGCUUAUCAAGGAAUGCGCACUGUCAUCGGAAGACAAUCAGGAAGCAUUGUCGGACGAAGAUCUUUUGCUUCAUCCGCUUCUAUUUUAAACACAAAGAAUGGCGGUCCUGCAACACCAAUGAACGAUGAUCGUACAAGUCCAAAGACUACAACGGGUAAUCAUCCAGGUUAUACGGAUGCAUCAACCCCAGUCACAGAUGCACAUCCUUCCAACAUUCCACCUGCAAGUGCAAAUCAAACACCUGUAACACAAGCACGAUUGGCUAGCACAAAGCAUGAUCAAGAACAUCCAGGCGUCUUUGAGAUGGCAGAAGGAGCAAAACUCGGCGGUGAAGGAGCAGAGAAGCCAGAAGAUAGAAACGUAAAGGGAUGGGGACCAAACAAUCUUUCUUCUCAAUUCAGCAAACAUGAAGGUCGUCGUAAUCCAGUGUUGGACGGAGGAAGCAAUGAAGGCGGCCAUGAUUCAAAGGGGAACUCAAAGACCUGA